CAUGCCAAAUGUAUAUUUUGUUCGCAUCCUCGCACUUGUGCAUUGCAAACAGGUUAAGAAAAUGGUAUGUCUGUGGCCAACCAGCCGUGCCGCAGAUGACUGGAAUAGCCAGAAUGCUACUUGUUUAAGUGUGCGAGAGGCGUUUAUUUCUUUGUCAGGAAUAUAAGGACUAGAGGGCUAUGUUCGACAAACGUUUCGUUUCUCCUAAAAAACAACGGAAUUGGAGGCUCCAAAGACGAAAGUUCCCUCUCGUCAUUUGAGCCUCUAGCCAAUCAGACACGAUAUCGUCCCUUCUGUUUCUUUUUAGGAGAAACGAAACAUUUGUCGAACAUAGCCUCUCUGUCCACAGUAACAUUGAGAGCCGGUUAAUUUUCAGUUUAUCUCUAAUAACCACGUAAUCGGCGUCCCCUUUGUUACAAGUGACUGCUCGCCGGAAGUUCCAAUGGUGGCCAGGUGUAAGCCGGCUCGGUUGCCCCCGCCAAGUGUCCAGCCAAGACUGGCCACGUUCUUCGCCUGCUGGGGUGGGGUGGUCCAGGCCUGUGUCUGUUCAGCUAGGCCAGCCUGGGUUUUUUAGAGCCACCGGGAACACUCCCACCGCUGUUCCCCCUUGUAGUCGGUAUGGUUACAGACAGGGCGAGAACAGCAGGACGUCUCAUUUAGUUGCCCGUCCACUAGCAUGCACUUGUUGGCUUCCUUUGUGCUUUGGCUGCAUGUGCAUGCUCGAAGCUCGCAGGGAGGGUGCCCGAAUGUUUAAAGGUAACAAGCUUGCACUGGAGGCAGGAGAACUUAAAUACACCUCUGCUGUUCGUAUCCUGUCGAUGACCGUAGCCUCGACCACAGCCUGUUGCCGGUCGCCUCACAUGCUCUUUUUCAUUCACGAACGAACGCCCCCAUCAGCUCGUGUUCCCAGAAGCUCGGAUUAAGGUCCUUGCCGAUCAAAUCCUAACGUUCAGUCCUACCCUCUGCUGUUCUGCAAAUGACGCAACUAUUAGUCGGAGAUUUGGUGUCAAACUGCGGCCUUUGCACCCUGGUCUUUGGGGUUCAAGCAUGUGCCUCGAAAAGCAGGCCACUGGCUCGAGUGUCUUCACAGAGCCGCUCCCGUUGGACGUUCAGCUCCGCCGUCAGUCUACGUGCAGCAGCCUUCGUCCGUCUCGUUGCCUCCUGCUGCGUGUGCUUCUCGGAGCCACAGUCGCCACCUCGAAGCGGUCGUCCCUCCAGCAGGUUGGGCGGAACCUCGUACUGCCCCACAGACGGCGAGGUAGAAGAGAGCAUUGAGACGGACAGUGCUAACGACGACUACGCCGAUCCCCGGCAGAGUGACGACGAAAACUCGGCAAACACUGGAUCAAAAUUGCAUCACUUCCGGCAGCACCACCUCUCGCCUCUCCCGCCGCUCGUGAUCAGCCACUCACUGCCCUCCUGGCCCCGCAACCACCGUCAUGCCCACGCCGAGACGUCACCGGCGACACCUCUCGUUCCAUGGUUGACAACAACAAGUGGCGACGCUGCAGCAUCACCCGGAAGUCUCUUCUUCCCGAGCCCGUCGUCGCCGGGGGUGAUCCAUCGAAACGCAUUGCCACGAGAAAGACGACACUCGAUGCUUCCACAGUUGCCUGUUCGGGGCAAGCAGGACGCCCUCUCCAUCCUGCCGUUGCCGUUCUUCUGCAACGACGGGGCACGCCAGCGGAGGCCACCCCACUUUGUGACGGAGUCGGAUCGCCGGAGGGAGCACAGCAGCCAGGAGCGGAAACGUCGGGACGAGAUCAACUCGGCGUUCGAGGAGCUGCGGAUGGCGGUGCCGAGCCUGUGCGGGCGGCCCGGCGUGCAUAAAGUCAAGAUCCUCGGCCACGCGACACUCUUGGCGAAGGAGCUCUCCGCGCAGAGCGGGAACCUUGAGCGGGAGUUUGAGAGGGAGCUUGGUCGGCAGCGGCGACUAUGGAAGGCGCUCUCUAAGCUGCAGUGAGUUGGGGAUCGGGGCGUUUUGUGACGCUGGGGGGGAAGGGGGGGAAGGCGCAAUGUGGGUCGGACUGUUUGAAACGGCGUGCAAUACGACUUCUUUUUAUUUUGUUUUUGGUUCGGAUGUGUUUGUAAAAGCUCGUGGAUGGUAGGCGGCUCAUCUCGACUACCGAAAAUUUAGGAGACUGUGAUGAGGACAGAGCAUGCAUGCGAGUUAGGCCGUUCAAGAGUCCGUCUCAAAGGUUGACUUCAGUACUGGCAAAGGCAUGGGAGCAAGCUCGUAGUUUUCGAAAGCGCCUUUUAAUGUUUCGGUGCUCGUACACAAAACAUUCCGCAGAGCCAUGCUUUCAUGCUUGUGUCUGCAGUGUAGAAGUAAAUUUUGAGAGGAAGUAUAAGCAUUAACCUCUGUCUAAAACAACAAAAUAAGGAACUAUACAUUACCUAAAACAGAACCCUUUUGUAUGUCGUGUAAAGGUUCUGACAGUCUUGAUAUACCAAAUGGAAUAGAUUUGUGUUUUGCAAUUUAUAAAAAGGAGCACUGUUUGAUUGGCUUACAGACUUCUCAAACAUGUCAACCCAUAGUCUCUCUAAUUGAAACGAACAUGCCACAAAAGCCAAGGAAAGCGUUCUUGACGUGUGUUAUGGGGAUCCAUUUGGCAAUGCAGCAUCUAUGAUGUUUAUAAGCUGAUUGACAUGUAUCAGUACCAUAAUAUGGCAGUGCUAUACACCAUGAAGCAGCUCAAAAUCAGAAUUUAUUCUCAUUUCAUCAACCAGAAGAGUGCAAUAAAAACAAAUCAGUUUUGAUUUUCUACUAGCGCUGGAAAUCCUUCAGUGAUGUGAUGGAUACUUCUUUUUGAGACCAUGUGGUAGGUCAGGUUUCCACACUAAAACAUUGCUUAGGCAUAAUUUGUAGCUUUAAAAUCGUUGUUUAGCAUUAAAAUGAAGAAAGAAAUGGGCCAGUUGGUACAUGAUUCUUUUAACAAUAUGAGCUGUAAAACAGGAACAAAAGGAGAGGAGCGCAAGACGAUGUGCUUCAUGUUAUGUACCUGUCCUUUUUUCUCUUUUUUAUGGAGCAUAUUGUUUAAAGAACGUUGUUUGGUUGUUACUUGUGUUAUGCCCCACAACACCCUGUGGGGCAGUUGUUUCUGUAUAGAAAGUGUGUAUCAGGUUUUAUUUUUGGGUGCUUCCAUAUGUCUGAUCUGAUGUUUGUUCACACUCAGCAAUCGAAUGUUCACAUCCUCAGACCUGCUAGUCAUUACCGGGAAGGUUCAAUAUGAAAGGAGGUUAGACUUUCAGCGGCAAGAGAACCAAGUUCUAGGCAACUAUCGCUUCUAUAUGCGAUGACAUUUCAGAAACUUCUCCUUAGUUAACUCCACAAGUCAUACAAGAUAUGUGGUUAUUCCAUCGCAUUUGCGGUAGCUCGGAAAUCUGUUAGUCCUACAUUUGGAGGACAAGUGUACCAUAUGUGCAAAGUAAGUUGUACCUUCUUUGGGUUUGCGAGUACUGCUUUGAAUCAAAUAGGGCUGUGUCACUCCUAGCUUCAACUCUUCAAAGAGACCCAGUGUGCUGUGGGGAACUGUGAAAGUUUCCGAAGGAUGAGGCACUAUUCGAUUCGAGCUACAAUUCGCAUAAAAUAGUUUUUUUCCCAAGAUUACAGUUUCACUAAGGCAAUACAAAAGCUUUCUUAGCUUUGAAGUGCUACACAUACAAGUCAAACAGUUCCAGAUCUCAUUUGCACAUUGACACUUUCAGACCAGCUCAUUACCUUUCUCCUAGUAUACUGCUGAAAAAUAUAUCACAUUACAAGAUCAAUCUAUUAUUAAGCAGAUCAGCAUAAUAAGCUCAGAAAAAUAAAUUUGUAUAAUACGACAUACAGCAAAAUGUAGCUUGAUGAUGGGUAUUUAAAUGUAUUACAAACAUGUAUAGGUUGAUUUGACUCAGACCACAGUCCAACAUCAUUUGUUUAACCCACCCUUUUGUGAUAAUCAAGGCUGGUAACUUUGGUUCAUGCAGAAUAUUGUUAAAUUAAUUGCGCUUGUACGUUGGAUUUUCUUCAAGUUCAUUGCCCCCUAAGCAUGUAAACUUUCGACGAGGCUUUCGAGGGUGAUUGCUUCAUAAACCCUAAUUAUGGAUCCCGUUGUUUUUUAUUUUUGUUUUUUUUUAUGAUGCCAGUUGAGCGUAUUCUAAUUUAUUUAUAUUGUAAUACUCCUAAUAUAUUACCGUUUUUUACACUUGCCAUGACUUCUGGGUGUCGAGUGGUAAGUGUAAAUACAUUAAUAAAAUUUUGAUAAUCGUAAGUAUGUUUUUUGUUUUUAUUCCCACUUGUUGGAUUGUGCAUUCAACUUGGAUACGUCUAUUUUUUGUGCCUCAUGCAAACGAUUGAUUGUGCAUAACCAGACUGCACAGCGGAAGACUGUGGAGCAGAAUAACUUGUUCCAUAUACGUGUUCAAUUAACAUGUUUCUUGCCUAUGUCACUUUCAGAGUUUGCCUGUAGCACGU